AUGCGCCACACCAACGUAAUGAACAAGGAUGAGGAGACGAACCAAGCCGCGAGGGAGGCCAUGAAGGGCGCCUUCUACGGCACGGUCAAAUGGGGCGCUGCCGUGGGCGUCCUCUGCGGCGUGGGUUAUGCCGUGUCGCCGCUGUUCAGGAGUUUCACGAUUCAGUUCAAGACAUAUAUCGCCAUGUCCGGCAUUGCGUUCGGUGCCGCCCUGGAGGCGGAGAACAGGAUGAGCGCGUACCGCAACAUGAUGAAGCUGCAGCACAAGGCAGCGCGGAACGCCAUGCUGCAAAAGGCCCUGGACGAGGAGUACGGACCGGAGGAGGAGUAG